AUGCCUGAAGGAAACAUUACCAAUGUGAAGAAUUUUUUCAUCCUGUGCUUUCCUGGACUUCCUCCUAAUUACUAUGGCCUUGUCUCAGCGGUUAUGUUUUGUGUUUUUAUGUGCACGUUAGUAAUAAACGGAAUAUUUUUUGUAUUAUAUUUAAAAGAAAAAAGUCUUCAAAAACCUAUGUAUUUUAUCAUGCUAAAUCUUGCUGCAUCAGAUGUACUGUUUAGUACCACAACUUUACCCAAGAUGAUUGUUAGAUAUUGGUUUGGAGACGGCACUCUUUCAUUUGCAGGCUGCUUUAUUCAGAUGCAUUUUGUGCACUAUUUUGGUUCAGUUAAUGCAUUUAUUCUAGCCAUAAUGGCAUUUGAUAGAUAUGUUGCAAUUUGUAACCCCCUCAGAUAUGCUAAUAUUGUCAAAGAAUCCACUAUAUUGGGUUUAUGUUUAGCAUGCUGGUUGCUAGCAGAACCCACAGUCUUUUAUUUGACUAUCAGGGCAGCCACUUUUUCUUACUGUGCAUCCAACAAUAUCACACAAUGCUACUGUGACUAUACAUUUGUCACAAGGCUUUCAUGCACUGACAGAGUACCCUAUAUAUUUUCAGCUGUAUUUUCAGCAAUGGUUGUGUUGCUCACACCACUAACAUUUAUUUUAUUCUCAUACAGUGCUAUUAUUAUGACAGUAUUUCGAACUUCAUCCACACGUGGAUGCUUAAAAACUCUCUCCACAUGCAGUUCUCAACUUUUAAUUAUCACCCUCUAUUUUUUACCAAGAUGUUUAAAUUAUUUAGCGAGCUCUGUAGGUAUCACUUACAACAUUGAUAUACAAAUAGUUCUGAUUCUGUUGUACAGCCUGUUGCCCCCUUUGAUCAACCCACUCAUCUACUGUUUAAGAACAAAAGAAGCUAGGGCUCAGAUCCUAUCCUUGAUGCAGCCCACGCUCCACCUUGAACCAUAUAAAGGGGAUUGCCCCUCUGCAAGAACCCUGGGUCCUAAGCCACCACUAAAGGGGUCUCAUGUGCAGGAGGCCAAGUGGAACCACAUUGGAUGCUGCUACCAUAAGCCCAAGCAGUUUCUGGAACUGCUUCACACUCUAGGAGCCUUAAGGGAGGCUGCGAGUUCUCCAGGUUCACUACGAUUCCAAGCGGAGAUCGAGGAGAGUGCUUACUGGGGCUGGCAGGAUUGA